GAAACAGAGAGGCGACGCCCAUGCCAAACAAAUUAAGCUAUAUAUUUGCAUGUGGUGGCGUUACCAAGUUGUAAUAAUAUUAUUAAAAAAAGUGUAAGUAAUAUUAUUAUUAAUAAAAAAGUUUUAAGUAAUAUUAAAUAUUACACAAAAGUGGCAUGUGAAAAAUUGUUUAAAAAAAAGUUUCCAUCAUGGGUUUUGCUGAGAAAUAUGAAGCAAGAAAAGCUAUUGAAAAAUAUGAUACUGCUAAAAUCGUGGCACUGUUGAAACUGUUCGGUCUUGAGAAUUGCUGUAAUGCUAUCGAAUUAUAUCAAAUUGAUGGAAGAGCUAUUUUUGGCUUGAAACAACAUCAAUUGCAAUUUUGGAAAAAUGAAAUAUCAAGAAGUGAUUCCGAAGCUCUUCUGAAAUUCGUAAAUCAAUUGACAGAAAAUCCUGAUACGUAUUACAAAUAUUUUCUCGAAGCCACGGUUGGUGUGAAGAAUAAUAAUGAAGGGUAUGAAUCUGAUGAUAGUUUUGAUUCUGUAGACCAAAUUUAUCAAAAUGAUGAAGAAGAUGAUCUUCAUGGUUCAAGUUCUAGAAUUGAACCAGCAUUUGCUUACGAAAAUGAUGUUAGAAAUGAAGGACGUUCGCCUUCGUUGCCUGAGAAACCAGACCGUUUCAAAUCUCUUCCCCAAAAAGAUGAACAACCUACCAGGAAGAUUUCUCACGAAAAUUCAAAACCACGAACAAAAUUGCCAAAAAUUAUUUCAAAUUUACACGAAAGCAAUGGUUUUAAACAACCUAUUAAUACUGAACCUGCACCAGAAGAAGAUCAGAAUUUAGAGGAAGAAUUAGACAAACUUCUGCGCAAUUCAACUUUGAGUACCAAAUUAGCUCAAGCUUUAAAAGAUCGUUUAAAAAAUACACCUUCAUCGUCUGAUCACAUCACACCAUCCACGUCUAAAGAUCAAAAUCGACCAACAACCAGUAAUUUUAAUGAACUGCGAAAAAAAAUCGAACGCUCUUUAGUUCCUAACAUAAAAGAAGAUAACAUUCUACCAGAAGUUGAGGGAGAAGAUGAUGGAUACGCCCAAAUGUCACCAAGACAUGCUUUGUCUUCAAAUAUUCAGAAUAAAAAGUCAACCACUAGCAGAUCAGUUAAAGAAUUUAACGAAGAUCGAGUUAGUCACUAUGAUUCACCAAGAAGUAAUGCACCAAUUUCAAAUAAUGAAAGAUUCAAAAAUAAAAAUCAGCAUUCUUCUACAAGUUCAUCGAAUUUAGUCGACAAAAAUACUAAUGAUUUAACAAGUGCGAAAGAAGGAAAGGGAAAUCAAAAAUUUCAAUCGAGUUUGGAUCGCGUGUUAUCAUUUAAGAAAAAUCUGCCUUUGCAAAAGACUGAACCUGAGAGCGAUGAUGAUGAAUAUGUAGUGCCAAUCAAUGAAGAAUUACCAAUUUCUUCGUCCGGGUUUCGUCCAUUACCAUCGAUUCCAAUUGAAGUAGAACUUCCUCAGGGAAGGGCUCCUCCAUUACCUAUUGUAAAUGACUUGGAUAGCUUUGAAAGGGAAGUAGAAGAAAAUCCUAAUUAUCGGAAUGUUACGAGACAAGAUGGAAUAUCUUUGCUUGAACAGAAAAAGGAUGGCACUUUUCUAAUCAGGCCAUCAGGAACGGGUUCAGGCUAUGCUGUGAUGUUGCAAUUUCGACGUCAAUUUUAUAACAUCAAAAUCAUAAAAAAGGAAGGUGGGAAAUUUGCUCUUAUGAACAACAAGGACGGAUCUUUAUGUUUUAGCAAAUUGUCAUCCUUGCUAAAUUAUUACCGGGAAGGUGUUGAAUUAUUAUUAUUGCAAAGCGGUGAUAGAAUUUUUGGUGAAACCCAUUUGUAUCCAUUAUGAAC